AACCCGAGUAGCCUCCCUGAGAAGAUGUCACCCAUCCUGAUUCUCCUGACCUUUCUUCUGCCACUUGGUGCUGGUGCAGAGGAGAUCAUCGGGGGCCAUGAGGUCAAGCCCCACUCCCGUCCCUACAUGGCAUUUAUUCUAUCUGUGCGUGAUGAUGGGAAUAAGAGUUUCUGUGGAGGCUUCCUGGUUCGAGACAACUUUGUGCUGACAGCUGCUCACUGCCGGGGAAGCUCAAUGAAAGUCACUCUGGGAGCCCACAACAUCAGGGCACAGGAGAAGACCCAGCAGAUCAUCCCUGUUGCAGAAGCCAUUCAACACCCUGACUAUAAUUCUAAGAGCCGCUCCAGUGACAUCAUGCUCUUAAAGCUGCAGACGAAGGCCAAGAGAACUAAGGCUGUGAAGACCCUCAAGCUUCCAUGGCGCAAAGUCCAUGUGAAGCCAGGGGAUGUGUGCUCCGUGGCUGGUUGGGGAAUGAUAGCCCCAGAAGGCAAAUGUGCAAACACACUUCAAGAGGUGGAGCUGACAGUGCAGAAGGAUCAGGAGUGUGAGGCCCGCUAUCCAGGUUAUUACAACAAAGCCAUUCAGAUAUGUGUGGGGGACCCUCAGAUCAAGCGUGCUGCCUUUCGGGGGGAUUCUGGAGGUCCUCUCCUGUGUAAGAAAGUGACUGUGGGCAUCACAUCCUUUGGAAAAAAAGAUAGUUCAACACCUGAAGUCUUCACCAGGAUCUCAAGUUUUCUAUCCUGGAUAAAGAAUACGAUGGAACAUAGCUAA